UCUCUCGUGCCGAUGGUGUUUCAUUGCAAAAUGAGUACGUUAAUAACGAACAGCCGCACACUGUUCCUGCACCCUAUGAGUUGACGAUAAAUAUCGACGACUUAAUCAACAAAUUCUGCCGUUCAAAAAAAACCAACUCACAAGAUGACCCACAAGAAGACUCACAAGAUGACUCACAAGAUGACCCACAAGAUGACUCACAAGAUGACCCACAAGACUUACAAGAUGACCCACAAGAAGUCUCUCAAAUAGUCUCACAAGAAGUCUCACUAGAUGACCCACGAGAUGACCCACAAGAUGACCCACGAGAUGACCCACGAGAUGACCCACAAGACUCACAAGAUGACCCACAAGAAGUCCCACAAGAAGUCUCACAAGUAGUCUCACAAGAAGUCUCACUAGAAGACCCACAAGAUGACCCACGAGAUGACCCACGAGAUGACCCACAAGAUGAUCCACGAGAUGACCCACAAGACUCACAAGAUGACCCACAAGAAGUCCCACAAGUAGUCUCACAAGAAGUCUCACUAGAAGACCCACAAGAUGACCCACGAGAUGACCCACAAGAUGACCCACAAGAUGACCCACAAGAU